ACUCUUCAUCUCUGUUUAUUAAUUAAUUAAGGAAUAUUAAAAAUGGCAACUAAGAUUCUUUUCACUUCAAUGGUAGAUCGAUUCUCCUCCGUUGCUCUUAGAAGCAGGCGAGGAUAUGCGGCGACGGCAAUAGGAUCGGUGAAUAACUUAAUGGGGAAGAAGAUAAUUGGAGAGGGGAAAACGAAGACGACGCCAUCUUGGGUUCCUGAUCCCAUAACCGGCUUCUACAGGCCGGAGAAUCGAUCCGCCGGAGAAGUUGACGUCGCCCAACUGCCGGAGAUUCUCUUGCAGAAGAGCGGGAUUAUUAGACCAAACUGAAACACAAAGAGAAUGGAGAGAUGAUUUUUUAUUUUAUUUUUUUAAUUAAAAGAAAAAGUUCACUUGUGCUAUUUUUCAUGUUUGGAUUUGUCCAAUUUUAUAAUAUUGAAAUUUAUUAAAAUUUAAAUCUACACACUUUUGGGAUUUGUA